AUGGUCUUACAACCCAAAUCUCCGUAUUUUAAUUCCUGUUUCAGAUAUCGCGUAAGUAAUGGAUCCAAAAAUUAAUCCAAAAAUUCGGGUUUGUUGCCAUUUAUAGGCCAAACGGAACAAAUGAAAAUGGAUUUUAUAGGAUUUCUUGAAGAAUUAUUAUUUUUUUCGUCGAAAAAAAAGAAAUUUCUUGAGUAAGAAAAGCGAGGGAUUACUGUAAAAUGGCUGUGCCUGGAUUUUCGGGGGUAAUUCUGCUGCUUUAUUGUGAUAUUUACAACUUUUAUAACGCCGAUUCGGACUGCAUGAAAAAGUUUUCCAAGUUGAUUGAGAGUGCACAGUGCAGGCCAAUGUUUAGAGUAAGGAAAAAAUUUUAAGGAAACUUGUCGAAUGGCGACCACCACAUUUCGAUGAAACUUGUCACAAUAUUGAAAUUAAAACUUAUUUGAUAAACUAAAAAGUAAAUUUUAUGUUUUUGGCUACAUUUUAGGUGACAGUAAUGGGCUUUAACGACGCAUUAUUGGCCCAGAAUGUUGACCACGAUUAUCAACCGGUCGGUUGUGUGGAGCUGGACAUCGCUCUGAUCUUCUUUCUGGCAGUAGUGGUUUCUUCGAUCAUCGCGGUAAUCAUGGUGUUUUUUACUUGUUGGUAAGCACUUCAUUUCCUGUAUUGCUGGAUGUCCAAAGUUAUUUUUUCUUACUGUAAUUCUUUUCAGGGAUUAUCGGCGAUUUUGGCGAUGGACUCAAGGGUAAGUGUUUUCCUUUUUACUAUCACAAUUUAUUUGUAGACAAUAUCCACUAACAGCCUCCAGAGAUCGUAUAAACUCAUUUCCCGACAAUUCCUAUCACCAGUUGACGGAUGAGGUAUAG